ACCGUCGAACAACAAAAACGACGGCAGUUGGCUGGUGUAUUCGUUCGCGACCUGUCAGUUGUUCGUGGUGCCAACGAUUGUUGUGUUUAGUGCAUCGUUUUGCUCUUAGUGUUUUUAAUCUUAAAAUAUCAAAAUGGCCGACCAACUCACGGAAGAACAGAUUGCAGAAUUCAAAGAGGCCUUCUCACUGUUUGAUAAAGACGGAGACGGUACAAUCACAACUAAAGAAUUAGGAACUGUAAUGAGAUCGUUAGGUCAAAAUCCCACAGAGGCAGAAUUACAAGACAUGAUAAACGAAGUAGAUGCUGAUGGCAACGGUACCAUAGACUUCCCUGAAUUCCUCACGAUGAUGGCGCGCAAAAUGAAGGACACGGAUAGUGAGGAAGAGAUUCGCGAGGCAUUCCGAGUGUUUGACAAAGACGGCAACGGUUUCAUUUCAGCGGCAGAACUCCGUCACGUCAUGACGAACCUCGGGGAGAAAUUGACGGACGAAGAGGUCGAUGAAAUGAUCCGCGAAGCCGAUAUUGACGGCGAUGGCCAAGUAAACUACGAAGAAUUCGUCACCAUGAUGACAUCAAAAUGAAGAGUAUGCAGCAUGUAUUCUUCUAACAAUAUACUACUACAACCUGUUUUCAGCCUGGCCCACCAUCAUAACUACUAUUAUUACUACAACAACAGCAACAGCAUAAACAAUCAUCGUUGUCGUUAAAAUUAAAAAAAAAAAAUAAUUACGACAUUUUCGUCGGGCUCUUUAAAAAGUGAUUAAUUAAUAAAACUUGAUCGUUGUUUAAACAAAAAUAAUAAUUAUAAUACACAAUUCUUUAUUAUGGCAAGACAAAAAAUUUAAUCGAUAACAAAACACUAUUCCCUACUGUUUUAAAAAUUAUAAAAAGUAAUAUCAGCAGCAUAUGUUUAAAAAUAUGAUAAUAAUAAAAAAUUCCUUACAAGUAAACUUUAAUAUGAUUGUGUAAAUUUUUGUAAAAUAUUACUACUACUGUUUCAUUUUUGAGUCGUUAGUGUAGAAAAAUACGAUAAGUGGUUAAACACCAAAAAGCGUUUCCUUUAUCUCCUGUUUGUUCUUAUUGCCCUUUUUAAUGUAUAUCCCUUCCAUCUCUCCUUGUCCCACCAUCGCUGCUGUUAUCAUUUUAAACCUCUUAUUUUCAUCUAAUUGCCAAUUGUUUAGUAGUCACUACCUGUUGCUACUAACUGCGCACUUUUCUGUGCUACAGCAAAAACUACAAUUUUUCGUGCUAUAUGAUUUAAUACAUUACAAAACAUAAUUAAAAAUUACGUGUAGUUAACAAUAGCGUCUAGGAGUUUAUGGUCGAUGAGAAGUCGUAUGUGCAGUUCGUCAUCACGGAUUUUGCAGCAGCAAAGAAACUCUAGUUCGUUUUCUUUCUCACAAAGUAUGAAAUUUGGCGCGCGUCAUUUUUUAGUUUGUACUUUCAUUCUAUUAUUCUAGUUUAAGGCAAAGUUGUACUUAUUGUUGUUUCGUUUAUUGUUGGCAAUUGAGAAACCAUUGUCCCUGUUUCCCGAAUGUCAGAGAUUCGAAAGGAAAGAAUGUAGCUAGUGUGUAUGGGUUUCAUACUUUGUGAAAGCGAAACAUUGGAUACAGAGCAACAUCAACAGCAUAAGGAAUUACAUGUGACAGUGUCUUUUGUGUAUGCAAUAGUUUCUUGAUUUUUAACAUUCAAAAAACAAAUUUAUCUACGAUUUUCACUUUAAAUUGUUACAUAUUUCCACUUUGUUCCGUUGCUGGUUAAGUGUUACGGGACGUAUUGCUUGUUGAGUAAACUUUGUUUUUCGGUUGGUUGGUAGGUUCGUUAGCAAGUGAUAUGGAGUUUCUGAAAUUGCCUCGAUCAAAGGAGAACGCUAAUUAUUCUUGGUAGACACGAAAUUUUCUAUGUUCAUUCUUCUCCCACUAUAAUUAUUUAUUGUUACUAUAAUUAUUUUUUACCUUUAAGAAACUGUCGGUUACUGUGAAAUAAUUAGAUGUUUAAAUUUUAAAUAAAUGUGACUGGAUUAUA